UUCAUAAGCGACGGAGGCAACACUGUAGUAAAGUGCUUCACGGCUGGGGCAACAUCCACAUCAUUUCUUCCCCCUUUGCGUUGUUGCCCCUGCCUUUUUUUGCUCUUUUUAAUGAGGGGCAGAAUCAUCUGUAAGAAAUAUGAUUAGAAGCCGCGUUCCUCUUUCAUUUUAAGUGACUAUUUGCAGUAUUUCCGACCCGGGGGCUGCAUCUCUCGAAAGUAGCGGAUUUCUGUCUUUUUCUCUACAUUGAAAAACAUCCUACACAAACACGCCGUGUAAACAAGUUCAUAAAUGGUGGAAGCCAUUGUGGAGUUUGAUUACCAGGCCCAGCACGAUGACGAGUUGACCAUCGCUGUCGGUGACAUCAUCAGUAACAUCAGGAAGGAUGAGGGCGGCUGGUGGGAGGGAGAGCUGGAUGGUCGGAGGGGGCUCUUCCCUGACAACUUUGUCAGAGAGAUAAAGAAAGACUCGAAAAAAGAGGUGAAGAAGGAGUCCAGCUUGGCCGGAUCCAAAUCAGACCUGUCCAAUGGCAGCGCCAGCCCAAAAUCAGAACCCAGCCUCAGACCCGCCAAGAAAGGUGAGGCAAUCAGAAAAAAGCGUUGCAAAGCUGCCUUUAGCUACACUCCGCAGAAUGAAGAUGAGCUAGAACUGAAGAUCGGAGAUGUUAUUGAGGUUCUGGGAGAGGUGGAGGAGGGAUGGUGGGAAGGCUUUCUCAAUGGCAGAUCUGGGAUGUUCCCCUCUAACUUCACCAAGGAGCUGUUGGCCGAGGCUGAAGAUCUGACCCCACAGGACGACACACGCAGCACACGAACCAGUAUAAAGGACAGCACCGGCUCAGAGAGUGAUGGCGGCGAAUCCAGUAGUUUACGGUCUGAUACUGGCAGUGUGUCCUCCAGCUCUGAGAUUCAGCCCAAAAAGGUUCGGGGGUUCGGCUUUGGGGACAUCUUCAAAGACCAGCCCAUCAAGCUCCGCCCACGAUCCCUGGACAUGGACAGUGAGGGAGACAAGCCUCAAAUGGUGAAGAAAGUCGCUCCAGCUGUUGCCCAGGAAACCAUGAAGGCGGAGCCUGAGAGUAAGGCCAAAGCAAAGGAGUUUUGCAAAGUAAUUUUCCCGUACGAAGGUCAGAACGAAGAUGAGCUGUCAAUCAAAGAGGGAGACAUCGUUACGAUUGUCAAUAAGGAGUGUGCAGACGCUGGUUGGUGGCUUGGAGAGCUAAACGGCAAACAGGGAGUGUUUCCAGACAACUUUGUGAAGUUAUUCAUUCCUGAGGUAGAAAAAGAGAGGCCUAAGAAACCUCCUCCACCUGCAGCACCAACAACUAAACAGAUCACAGACAAAAAGACAGAGGCUAAAAAAGUUCCACCGGAGCGGCCUGAAUCUCUCCCACACAGAGCUGAGGAAAAAGGUGAGGAGUGGAAGCUGGGUGAGAUUGCAAAGCCGUCCCUCCCAGUUGUCCUCCCAAAGAAGCCUCUCCCCCCGAAGAACAACAACUCAUUGAAUCGACCGUCAUCCCUGCCACCCAAACGCCCAGACAGACCCGAGAGACCAGCAGUGCCCAAUAUACCGUGUGACAGUCCGAAGUCUGACGGCAGUGGUGUGGCAGCUGACAGAGGCUCUGCAGACAAAUCCGUAGAUAUCGAUGUAGAAGACUUCGACACCAUCGUCUCAUCCACAGAGAAGCUGAACCACCCGACCGCAUCACGGCCCCGUGUAAUGGACCGACGGCCACGAUCGCAGAUCUUCACGUCUGUUCCUGAAAAAUCAUCUUUGCCCCCUAAGCCCAGUGCCCCUCCAUCAUCUUCUGGGUCCGGAGGGGCUUCUCUCCACCAGGGCAGCGCUGGUCUGCGGCCCCAUUCCCCUUCCGUUGACGUCCGAGUGAAAAACGAACAGGGUGCCGCAACACUGGAGGAGCUCAGAGCACAAUUACGAGACCUGAAAGGAACUGUGGAGCUCAUGAAGAGCCAGCACAAACAAGAAAUCAAACAGCUGGUGAGUGAACUGGAUGAGGAGAAGAGGAUUCGCAUAUCACUGCAGAUGGAAGUGGAGCAGAUUAAGAAAUCCCUGUCCAAAUGAACUCAAGCAAGAUGAAGGGUCAGGCUGAGGUUCCACACCACAGUCCAAUUAGAUUGUGCCAAAAAAAGAACAACAAUGUAUCAGAACAAUUGCAUAAAGAAAACAACUGUUUACCCCCCAUUCACUUGUACUCUUUCUGCUUUCGUUUUUAAGCUUUUUUUGCGUGUUAUGCUCAGACUGGCCGCUGACUCACAGACCCGUUGCCCGGGUGUGGCCUUACUGUGGGUCAUGUGAUUAAAGGGUGGUGAUGACCCACACCUGGAGACAGGUGAUAGCGAUCGACAUGGGGAUUAGCUGGUCUCCUGCACAACUGUGACACAGUUACCCCAUCAUCAACCUCUCUGAUACUGCAUCUGAAUGCUAGUCAGAGAACACAACAAAUGAAGGAGAAACCAGUGCGUUUUACUUAAAUACUGUUCACCUUAAGUUCUUUUCUUUUGACUUGGAGGCCUUCAGUUAUUUUCUUUAUAUGCAAAGGUGCAUUUAAUUUCACACCCCUUGCGAUUUCCACAGCAACCCCACAUUGAGGCCUUGUUUAUUUGGAGCUUUCCAAACUCUUCUGUCUUUCCUCUUUCUUUUACGUUGGUGAUGACAAUGAGAAAACUCAUGUUUUGUUUUCUUGACUCAGUUAUUUCUUUGAAAUCUUCUAUAUAUUCUUUUAUUUUAUAAUGUACUAAAUGCAAUUAUGUGUGCAGAUUUUAUUAAAAAA